AUGCCGCCAAAAGCUGCCCCUCCCCGAAGGGACUUUGUCCAUCCUGAAGCGGGACAUGCGAGGAAGAAGCCGCCCAGUGCCUUCGCCAUUGAGCCUAUCUCGGCAUUCUAUUGUUUCCUGGCUGCCAAUAUAAUCUCCGCUCUGUUUGCCCCAAUCCAAGACUGCGAUGAGACAUUCAACUACUACGAGCCCACACACUACCUCUCCCACGGCUACGGUCUUCAGACUUGGGAGUACUCCCCUACCUAUGCCAUCCGCAGCUGGCUGUAUGUCAGUUUACAUGCCAUUGUUGGAAACAUCCGUCGUCUAUUGCCACAGUCCACCAAAGUCUCCGAGUUCUACUUCAUUCGUUAUGUUCUUGCUUUCAGCUGUGCCCUGUGCCAAACCCUGCUCUUCCGUGUCAUCAGCCUUACUCUCAACGCACGCAUUGGCCUCUUCUUCAUCCUGGCAACCAUCUUCAGCCCCGGCAAUUUCCAUGCCAGCACUGCUUUUCUGCCCUCUAGCUUUGCCAUGUACAUGGCUAUGCUGGGCGCUGCUUCCUUCAUGAAUUGGCGUGGCGGUUUGAAGACAGCUCAAGGUAUUUUUUGGUUUGCAGUGGGAGCCAUCGUGGGUUGGCCAUUCGCCGCGGCUCUAUGUGCCCCAUUCCUUAUUGAAGAAGCUUUGUUUGCCGUGCUGAGUGACAAGGACCGCUUCAUCGAGGCCAUCAUCCGUGUCUUUCGAGGCAUUAUCGCCGGCCUUAUUGUCCUGUUCUUCGAUGGUUGCAUCAACACUUUCUUCUACAAGAAGAUUGAGGUUGCCGCCUGGAACAUUGUCAAGUACAACAUCUUCUCAGAGACCGGCGGCCCGGAGCUGUAUGGCACAGAGCCUUGGACCUUUUACUUCCGCAACCUGACCUUGAACUUCAACAUCUGGUUCAUCCUGGCACUCCUUUGCUUGCCCCUAUUUCUGCUGCAGAAGAUCGUUUCACCUUCAGGCCAAGGGUUCCAGACAGGCCUGCGUGCCCUCGUCUUCAUCUCCCCCUUCUAUCUUUGGCUCGGCAUCUUCACACUCCAGCCUCAUAAGGAAGAGCGUUUCAUGUAUCCCGCUUAUCCGUUCCUCACGCUAAACGCGGCUAUGUCUCUGCACAUCAUUCUCACGGCGCUUGGCUCAUCGGACCCUAAGACUCUGGUUGGCAAGAUUCCUGCCAAGCUGAAGCUACUUACCGUCACUCUUGUCCUCUUGCUUUCAUUUGACAUCAGCCUUUCACGUGUUUAUGGCAUCUGGUCCGCUUACUCUGCUCCACUAAGGCUUUACUCGCCCUUGGGGGCUGGUGUCAGCGGGGAACAGGGCAUCGGUGUGCGUGGCGAUAAUGUUUGCUUCGGCAAGGAGUGGUAUCGCUUUCCUUCCUCCUACUUCCUGCCUCGGGAUAUGCACGCCAAGUUCAUCCGGUCUGAGUUCCGAGGAUUGCUGCCUGGAGAGUUCUCUGAAGCCCGCACUGGCUUUGGCUUCUGGAGCGGCACUUGGAUGCCUACCAGUGGCUUGAAUGACAGAAACGAAGAAGAUAUGGGCAAGUACGUAGAUCACAGAGUGUGUGGCUUCUUGGUGGACACGCAAUACCCUGAGAGACACGACCCUUUGCCACCCAACGAGCCCGACUACAUUGCCGAUGAAGAGCAUUGGGAAAUCGUAAAGUGUAUUCCGUUCCUGGAUACAGCAAACACACACUUCUUGGCCAGAGCGCUCUGGGUUCCUGAUCUACCCUUCAUUCCUGAGAAGUUUAAGAGAACCUGGGGCCGGCAUUGUCUUCUCAAGCGCAAGAAGUAA